GACCAGAGUAGACCAGACCAGUAGUCCAGACCGGUCUACGCCUCCUGUACGUCGUGAACGUCAUGGUGAAGGUCGAACCCGUCGACACACUAGCUAGGGUUCACACCGUCUUGGAUAUAGAGCCCGUCGACUCGCUCGAGAAUUGCUGUUUGUCCGAGUCAGUUUUCACAGAUAUGGGGAAAUACACGGAGAUUAUUGAAAGAGCGAGGAAUGCAUUUAGCAGUGGAAAAACAAAACCCUACGAGUUCCGUAAGCAACAGUUGCAACAGCUGUUGAAACUUUACGAAGAAAAUGGGGCUGAAAUAGUGGCAGCUCUCUCAUCUGAUUUACACAAGAGCAAGAUGGAAUCGUAUGUAAUGGAAAUAGAUUUAUUGAAGAAUGACAUUAGGAAUACAUUAAUACAUUUAAAAGACUGGAUGAAACCUGAAACGCCAGAGAAGGCACUGGCGAACAUGUUUGAUGGUGUGAAGAUUCUGAAAGAGCCCUAUGGCGUGGCACUAGUGCUUGGAACAUGGAACUACCCAGUACAACUCACAUUGCUUCCAGUCGCCGGUGCAGUGGCUGCUGGGAACUGUGUCAUCAUCAAGCCUUCCGAGGUUGCGCCAGCCAGUGCUAGUCUGAUAGAACGGCUGGUGCCUAAGUACCUGGACUCGGAAUGUUUCCAUGUAGUCACUGGAGGAGUGUCAGAAACAACGGAAUUGUUGAAACACAAGUUUGACUACAUCUUCUACACCGGCUCCACCUCUGUAGGCAAGAUUGUGCGAGCUGCUGCCAACGAGCAUCUGACACCGGUCACGCUGGAGUUGGGUGGCAAGAGCCCUGUUUACCUAGACAGUACAGCCAACAUAAAGAUAGCAGCCAAGCGCAUACUGUGGGGCAAAUGUGUGAAUGCUGGACAAACUUGCAUUGCUCCUGAUUACAUUCUUUGUUCUCAACAUGUCCAAAAACAGUUCCUGAAGGAAGCCGAGGUUAUCCUGAAAGAGUGGUACGGAGACCGAUCCCAGGACUCACCAGACCUGUGCAGGAUCGUUUCUGACAGACACUUCAAGCGGUUGGUAGACUUGAUGGACACCAGUGGUAGGAUUGCUGUUGGAGGGGAGCGAGAUGCCACAGAUAGGUUCAUCGCUCCUACAGUAUUGGUUGACGUCAAGCCAACAGACCCAAUCAUGCAGGAGGAGAUAUUUGGACCCAUUCUGCCCAUAGUUGUCGCAGAAAACGCUUACCAGGCCAUUAGCUUUAUCAACAGCAGACCCAAACCAUUGACAUUGUACGUGUUCAGUGCGGACCACAAGGUACAAGACCUCAUCGUAGAACAGACCAACAGUGGCUCCGUCAGUAUCAACGAGGUCGUCAUGCACUACGCCGUUGAGAGUCUGCCGUUUGGUGGUGUUGGCAGCAGUGGCAUGGGAUCGUACCAUGGCAAGUACAGCUUUGAUACAUUCACUCACCAACGCAGCGCUCUCAUCAAAGACUUCAACCCCCUCCUGGAGUCCCUAUCAGCGAGUCGGUACCCACCUUACUCGGACAAGAAGAUGAGCUUCAUUCAGAUGAUGAUGAGGAAGCGAGCUGGAUUGAGGAUCCCGUACGCCACACAGCUGUUCUCAUUCCUUCUUGGUGCGGCUGCGACAUACGCAUUCAUCCAACUCAGGGCUCGAAAGUACACAGCUUGAAGAUACGACUCUUCACUUCACUUCGGUUUAAACUUAAGUUUUGUUUUAAUACACCUAUAAAGUGGCAUUUUCCCAGAUAAAAAUCUUGCAGCUAUAACAGUUAUCCAGAUUACACAAUAUCUGGAUUCUAAACAAUUUAUCAGUGUCUGUAUUUCAAAGUAGUGUCUUUACUUCAAUUUAUGAUCAAAACCAUGUUUAACCAGAAUUUUUGUUUCAUCCAGUUUGGAUAUCUACUGUGCAUAAAAAGCCACACUUCCUUUGUAAGGCUACCUGUAAAAUCAACAUAGUUUCAUCUUUAUACAUUAUUAUACAGAUUGUUAUUUAUGAUCGAUUGUGUUGCACGUUUUAAAAG